AUGAAAUUGUAUUCAAUAAUCUGUUCCCGCUUGGAAGAUGUCUGUCGAGAGAGGAGAAACGCAUGCCAACGACUGUUUUCCCUGCAAACUGGCGUACAUUUCGUGUCGCCGUGGCAAGCAGGUCGGCUUGUUUCCAGCGGCCACUUUGUGAAGCCACCAACCGGCCACCAGAUCAAUCACACUGACUGGUACACCAACAGCACGCUAGUCAGGCCCGAUUUCAUAGCGAACACAUCAUCCAUUCCUCUUGCAAACGGAUCCCCACAUGACGCCACGACACUGCCUCUUCAAUCACAUUCUCCAGUUCCCGAGGCGCCGCUGGCGGACGUGAAAGAAGCGCGCCCAACUUCACCACUUUUUCCCCAUCCCCUCGCCGUAACGUGUCUGCAUGUCGCCAUGACGCGUCGGUCCGUGUCGCACACGUGA